CAUUUCCGGUUUUAGAAUAAUAGUUUGUUGUUGUUUUUAAUUUGUAUACUGUAAAGUAAUGCUGUGACAGGUAUUUGAAAUGUUUAUGUGGACAUCGUAAAUAACUAUAAAGGUGGACUGCAAUGUGUAGAAAAAUAAACUAGCACAAUUCUGUCUUUCGAACAAAGUAGAACGAAGAUUGUAUGCAUGUAUACAAAUGUACGUAGAAUGCAGAUAAAAUGGGUGAAUUAUCAAAAGACAUAUCUGUUAUUAGUGUAGUAUUGUUUAUAGGAGCAGGUGCAUUGGUAUUUUUCCUUCUGUUUAUACUAGCCAAGAGACAAAUUAUUAGAUUUGCAUGGAAGGCAACAAGACCACCACAUGUAUCCAUUGGGCUUGAUGCACCAAAGGAUCUAAAAGAGAAGAUUUUAAGCCAGCUGGAAAGGACAGCCCUUAUUAGACAUGAACCAUUAUUACUGAACCCCAAGGUUUCAGAAACAGCUAAAACAGUCCCGAAUCAUUAUUACUACAGAAUGAAAGCAGUUGAUGCCUUUUCAAAAUUUGAUGAAGUUCUGAAAGAAGAAGAACCAGAUUCUAUAGGCAGACAUCCAUCAAAGAAUGUUAGAGGAUAUCUGUUUGGUCUAUAUACAGAAUAUCUGAGUACGUCAUCUGAAGAUCUUAUACAUAAAUUCUGUGAUUCAUAUGAACAUGCUAGACAUGAUCCUAACGACUUUGGUGAAGAUCAGUAUAAUAAUUACAUGGUACUUUUAGAAGAACUUAUAACAUGUUUAAGAGUGGGCCUGAGAAAAAAGCGUGGUAUGCCAUUAGAUAAAGCAUCUAAGCUUGAAACUGAGGUUAUAUUUGACUCGGAACGGAAGGGUAUUGUGAAAACUAAGACAAAUGUUCAUCCUGAUAAAACAGAGACUAAAGGAAAAAGUGGGACAAGACCUGGAGAAAUAAGAUACAGGUCUAGAACAGAUAGUAGUGUUCAUUCCAGUUUACUGGACAGUGGUCAUUCUAGUCAAAGUAGUGCUAGUAUUGAAUUAACAACAAGUACACGAGGUGGUAGCACAGAAAGAGAUAAUAAAGAAUCUCUGAACAAGACUGAUACUUUUUGCUGAAUAUUAUACUCAUGAGAUAUCUUUCAUAAAUAAUGUAAUACUGUGAAAGUACUUUGAUUCAUGGGUAUUAAUUUUCCUGGUUUGAGCUAAAUUUACAUGUUCGUGGGUUUUUAAAUUUGUGGAUUUUAGUUUCCCAAAAAAUGAAAUAAUUAAAAUUUAAAGCCUUUAGAAACAAAGGUUACAAAUAGUCUGGAUUGAGGAAAUUAUAAAGUAAACAUUGACUGGUGUAAAUCAUAGAGAUAACACUUAUUAACCAAUGAUAAAGUGAUCAACAGAUUUAAGACCAUUAAAGGUGUUAAUUAGGCCAUAAACAUGUCACCUACAGAAAACAGUAACAUAAGUAAAUGCUAUAAACCAAUUUUGAAUUGUCAAAUAAUUCUUAUCAAAAUCAAGCCCAGCAUGAAAUUAUAAUAUCCCAUAUGUACAAGAACUAUGAAGAUAUAAAAUGAACAAGUCUUUAUCAUACUAGCAUAUCAAUACUGGAAAUCUGACUUUCAUCGAUUAAAAAUAUUUUUUAAGAGAAUUAAAAGAUCAAAAGUUGUACAGUUUAGGUUAUUAAAGAUUAAAUGGGUAUAAUCCUGCAUUUGGUUGUAGUUCAGUGACUGCUUUUCAAGUAUUCUCAGAUUUGGAAUUAUUCAAUAUAUUCAUGCUUUCAUAAAAGACUUCAUAUCAGUAGUCAAACCUACCGAUUGGGAACCUUUCCAUGUCAUGAUGUAUUGAUUUGGACAAUGGUUGUUUUAUUUUGUUGGACACUUAAAUUUGUGGAUAAAGUCAUCCACGAAAACCAUGAAAAUUGGUACCCCACGAAUAAAAGUACUUUCACAGUAGUCAUUAAGACUUUGUCAAUUAAAGCUUUGAUAUUGUUCUACUGAUUAUUUGUAGUCCAUUGUUUGACUGUAUGAACUCUCUAAACUAAAAAUAUAAUUGCUAUUGCAAUAUAAUUGUUAAUCUGUUUUGUUGGAAAGCACCACAAUAUACAUGAACUCUAAAUUAAGAAAUUAUUG